AUGUCAAAUCUGGGCCCAAAGGAUCCCAGCCCAUGUCCCCCUCUGAUUUCUUGGACAAGCUUAUGGGACGAACAUCUGGAUAUGAUGCUAGGAUUAGGCCCAAUUUCAAAGGACUACCGGGUAAAUGUCUUCUUGCGGCAGCAGUGGAAUGACCCACGUCUGGCCUACCGAGAAUAUCCAGAUGACUCUCUGGAUCUAGACCCAUCCAUGCUCGAUUCUAUUUGGAAGCCAGACCUCUUCUUUGCCAAUGAGAAAGGGGCCAACUUCCAUGAGGUGACCACAGACAACAAGUUACUGCGCAUCUUCAAGAAUGGGAAUGUUCUCUACAGCAUCAGAUUGACCCUCAUUUUGUCCUGCCCAAUGGACCUCAAGAACUUCCCAAUGGACAUCCAGACCUGCACGAUGCAGCUGGAAAGUUUUGGCUACACCAUGAAUGACCUCAUGUUUGAGUGGCUAGAAGAUGCUCCUGCUGUCCAAGUGGCUGAGGGGUUGACUCUACCCCAAUUUAUCUUGCGGGAUGAGAAGGAUCUAGGUUACUGUACCAAGCAUUACAACACAGGAAAAUUCACUUGCAUUGAGGUAAAGUUUCACCUGGAGCGGCAGAUGGGCUACUAUCUGAUUCAAAUGUACAUCCCCAGUCUACUCAUUGUCAUCCUGUCCUGGGUCUCCUUCUGGAUCAACAUGGAUGCCGCCCCUGCUCGUGUAGGCCUUGGUAUCACCACUGUCCUCACCAUGACAACUCAGAGCUCUGGAUCCAGGGCCUCUUUGCCUAAGGUGUCCUAUGUGAAGGCAAUUGACAUCUGGAUGGCUGUAUGCCUGCUGUUUGUAUUUGCUGCUUUGCUUGAGUAUGCUGCAGUCAAUUUUGUCUCUCGUCAGCAUAAGGAAUUUAUGAGACUUCGUAGAAAGCAGAGACGUCGACACAUGGAAGAAGACAUCAUAAGAGAGGGCCGCUUCUAUUUUCGUGGCUAUGGCCUAGGACACUGCCUACAAGCAAGGGAUGGAGGUCCAAUGGAAGGCUCCAGCAUUUACAGUCCCCAACCUCCAACCACUCUUCUAAAGGAGGGAGAAACCAUGAGGAAAGUCUAUGUGGACCGAGCCAAGAGAAUUGACACCAUCUCCAGAGCUGUCUUCCCUUUUACUUUUCUUGUCUUCAAUAUCUUCUAUUGGGUUGUGUAUAAAGUGCUAAGGUCAGAAGAUAUCCACCAGGCACUGUGAACAGGGUGGAGGCUAUAGUGUACAGCUGCUGGCUUCCUGCUUUCAUCCAGGUGGGCUUUUCCCUUCCAUCAGACUGUAUCAGGAGCUUCAACAGUUCCUUCUUGACCUCCCACUCAUAACUUCAAUUACCAGUUCCCAAGCUAUGUGGUGACUGCCUAGUGCCAAUGGUAGCUGUAUUUACAAACAUGGCUUAUAUACCCUCAUUCAGAUUGAUGGCUUACUCGGCCUUUUCUCCUUGUUUGUCCAUGUGUCUAAUGCCAAAAUGACUUUCUGUCAUUGCUACGACUCCUCUGUGAAGAAUAGCUAGACUGUGGGAUUCUUGGCUUUGUCAUCUGCAUUUUUCUACUUGUCUUCAGAGCCUGGCUUUUACUUGACACUUCUCUCCAUCCCACUGUCAGUCCACAAAUCCUGCCCUGCUUAUCCUGUCCACAUAUCCUUACUGCUAGGAAGACAAAGGCACAGGUUUGAACCUCUUAACAAUGAUGUGGUAGUCAUAGGCUGCACUGGGCUCGGACAAUUUUAUAUGGCCCAACACAGAUAGGUUCACUUCUCCUAGAAAAAGAAAUAUUUUCAGAACUGGGGCAAGAACCCAGGACUCUCAGAAAGUGUACCUUUCCAGUUCUAUGUAAGCUUCCUGGUCUCAGACGUAUGUGUUACAGUCCCUAAUCAAAUAGCAUAGCCACAUAUUUUGCUAUGCUGCUGGGUUGGAGAAUGGGGAGGGGCUUAUUCUUUUCUUAAGAAUUUUAUUUUAAAAAAAUUUAUCUAGGAAAGGUGAUAUAAAAGGUACUAAAAAAAAGAAAGGUACUAAAAUCUAAGAAGUAGAGUACAGAAACACUCUUUAGACAGAUUGCUACUCUUGUUUCUCUCCAAUCUCUUUACUUUGCAGGACCUUCUAACUUUCUCCUUCACCUCUUCUUGGCAAGCAAAUAAUGGUGCCAGGCAACCUUGUUCUGAACAGAGUAGGAUUCCUUAGGAUUCCUAAGGAGGAACUAGGCAUGGACAGGGUCCCCAUCUAGGAUUCUAGGGAAACAAACAUUGGCUUAACCUAUCUGGGGUAGUAGUUGUAGAAGGUAGAGAGCCAUAAUUUGAGUUAUUUCUUUACCCUUCUGUGCUCCCUUUUUUCUUCCAUAGGAUUAGUCAGGAAAGCUACAGAAAAGGUCAGAUGGAGUGGGCUGCUGUGUCACUGUAAGUUGUGGGGAUGCAUGGGCCUGGUACAUUGAGUUCUAUGAAGUGAUCUGACUAUGAAGAGCACAAAAAUAAGAAAGAUUAAAGUGGGAGAACUGAAGUUGGAAUACACAAACAAUUAGAAUCUUAAAACAUUGUGUCCUUUUCUCUGGACCCAGAAAAAUAAUUAACUAUGUAAUCGGAGCUCUCACUUACCCAUUCUAACUAUCCUCCUUCUGUUUUCCCAUCUCUAUCUCUAUGUCAUGUCUUUCUCCCAACUUCAUCAUUUCGCAUAGAAUUCUAAUUCAAAGUCAAUAAGUCCAAUGGUCAAUGUAAAUGCUGCAGUGCAAGGAUAAAACCUGCAUUAUUUCUCUGUUUACAUAUUGAAGUGUCUGACCUUUCUUAUUCAUUGGGAUAUCCUUUUGUCUCCCUUGAUUUUGAAGAAAGAACUUUGGAAUGAUCAAGGUAGCUGGCCUAGUUUUUUUGUUUUGUUUUGUUUUGUUUUUGAGAGAAGGUCUUGCUGUAUAUCCAAACCUAGCCUGUAACUUACUUGCAGCCCAGGCUAGCCUUGGACUCAAAAUCCUCCUGUCUUACCCUACUCAGGAUUAGGAUUAACAGUGUGUACUACCAUAUUCAGAUCUAGAAAUUACUUGGCCAUCUGAGCACUCUCAUACCAAGAAUCAAACAUUAAAAACUGGUUUACAGGAGGAGAUUACAUUGGAAAGGGAAGAGAGCUCCUAUGUUCCUAUUUCUGCCCAGGUAGUGCCAAUCAAUGAGAAGCCACAAGCAAUACCCCUUUGAAAGCAGCAGAGAGUAUCUCUUUGAUACUGUCCCUGAUGGGGCUGGGGUGUCAGGCUGCUGCAGCUCGGAGGCGGGGAUGGUGAGGGUGGACUAUGGAGAUGAGCUUACUGCACAGAGCUCUACUUGUUACAGAUCUUGUCCAGAUGGGCCAACUGCACAAAUCUGCCCUGUUGGAAGUCUCAAGAACAAUGCCCUGGAGACAGCUACAGUACUGAGCAAUAAAGGCUGUCCAACUGGGCCUCAGAUCAGGGCAUCAGCUGGUGCUGGGUGCCAAAGAAGCCAAAGUACCAACCAACAUAAUAGAGCAAAGGAAUUCACAAAGCCACUCAGAGUGAAAUGCCAGGUGGAAGGUACUAUUCUCACUGGAGCCCUUAAGCAGAGAAGUAUUUGUAUAAUGCCAACCUCAGAUCCAGAGCAAAUGGCUUUCAUUUUCUUCAUUCUUCUCACAUAUGUACAGAGACUAGGGAAGUGCUAGGUCUCACUGAAGGGGUUUGACAUUUAGCCAUCUGUUCAAUCACAAAAUUGUUAAACUUGGAUCCUUACCAGUGGAUUGAGAAAUGGUAAUAUAAGAGUCUCAUUUGGAGUACUUACCCCUCCAGAAACCCAUACUAUUUCUACCUGAAUCAAUCUGUUACGAUUCUAAGAUUUAAACGGUGUUUUAAGGCAUGGGGGGGGGGGGGUUCCUAUAAAGAUAAAGUAUUUCAGGUAUUUUCAUUAAUUCUUUGUUAAUAUUUAAUAUUAGAUAAAUAUUUUAUAGGUGUAUUUUUUAAGAGGAAAGGCUUUAUUUACUCAGUUGUUAAGGCUACUGGUGUGUCCCUUGUGGAAUACCAGGGGUUUUGCCUACUUUUUCUCUUUAAUCUACAUAGGUCCUUUUGCUCUCUCCAAAUUCACAGGCCAAGUAAAAGCAGCUCUCUAAGUGGAAGAAAAGUACUGAAAAAUUUAUUCCUUCAACAUUUCCAAAAGCAUUUUUUCACCUAUCAUAAAGAACAGGCUCUUCUGUUUAAACUGUUAGGGUGAUUGAAAGUUCUCUUUUUGUUGAGCAAUGUAAAUGCUUCAAUUGUAUCCAGAAUAUAUUACUUCUUUUGGAUUUUUUUAAUGACUUCUCCUACAGUUCUUUAGUGUCUGUAUCACUGUUAGCAUUAUUAGUCUUAUCUCAUUAUCUCUGUCUACUAAAAUCUCAAAACACUGUACUUGACUAUGCUGGGAUUAAUCUGUUAAGGAACACUAAACGAUGUAGAUCAGGAAUCACCCUGGGAUCAGCAAGCAAGGUUCUACUCACUGCUUCAAUGGAAGCAAUGUAGAAUACAUUUUUGAAGGCAAGAGAUGCAUUUUAUACAACUCAUUACCCUGCACAGUUCCUGGUACCUAAUAAUACACAAUAUGUGUAAUUAGAAUAAAAGCCUAUCUUCCCAC